ACAUGAUGUUUUCAAUCUUUAAACAUAAUCCAAGAGUGAGGUUUAGAUAGGCUGGCAUCACAGAACAUGGGUAGAUUUUCGCUCCUUGUUGCCGUGUGUUUGAUUGGAUGUGUGUGGAUGACCUCAGCCAGAUAUAUUCGACGGGAAGUCAAGGCAGACCAAGCGCUGGUCGAUGAUGAUCUGCUUCACAUGAUAGAAAAUUGGAGAGGACAAUUGACUGCCGUCAGAUUGCGACGUGGGGUUGACAGUUCUUCAAGCGACACAGAGGAUGAAAAUAGUGAUUUUGAUGAAAGUAAACGCCGUUCCGAUGACUCUGAUGACUCCGAUGACGACUCUGAUGGCAAUGAUGAUUCUAAUGAUUUCAAUAAAAGAAAACGCCGUCCCAACAAAUCUAACGACUCCGACGACGAUUCGGAUGAUGACUCCGAUGACGACUCUGAUGACUCCAACGACGACUCUGAUGAUUCUAUUGAUUUGAAUAAAAGAAAACGCCGUCCCAACAAAUCUAACGACUCCGACGAUGAUUCUGAUGACUCCGACGACGACUCUGAUGAAUCUAAUGAUUUCAAUAAAAGAAAACGCCGUCCCAACAAAUCUAACAACUCCGACGAUGAUUCUUAUGAUGACUCCAAUGACGCCUCUGAUGACUCCGACGACGACUCUGAUGAUUCUAAUGAUUUCAAUAAAAGAAAACGCCGUCCCAACAAAUCUAACGACUCCGACGACGAUUCGGAUGAUGACUCCGACGACGACUCUGAUGAUUCUAUUGAUUUGAAUAAAAGAAAACGCCAUCCCAACAAAUCUAACAACUCCGACGAUGAUUCUGAUGAUGACUCCAAUGACGCCUCUGAUGAUUCUAAUGAUUUAAAUAAAAGAAAACGCCGUCCCAACAAAUCUAACAACUCCGACGAUGAUUCUGAUGAUGACUCCGACGACGACUCUGAUGAUUCUAAUGAUUUAAAUAAAAGAAAACGCCGUCCCAACAAAUCUAACAACUCCGACAAUGAUUCUGAUGAUGACUCCGACGACGACUCUGAUGAUUCUAAUGAUUUAAAUAAAAGAAAACGCCGUCCCAACAAAUCUAACAACUCCGACAAUGAUUCUGAUGAUGACUCCGACGACGACUCUGAUGAUUCUAAUGAUUUGAAUAAAAGCAAACGCCGUCCCAACAAAUCUAACGACUCCGACGACGAUUCGGAUGAUGACUCCGACGACGACUCUGAUGACUCCGACGACGACUCUGAUGAUUCUAAUGAUUUAAAUAAAAGAAAACGCCGUCCCAACAAAUCUAACAACUCCGACGAUGAUUCUGAUGAUGACUCCAACGACGACUCUGAUAAAUCUAUUGAUUUCAAUAAAAGAAAACGCCGUCCCAACAAAUCUAACAACUCCGACGAUGAUUCUGAUGAUGACUCCGACGACGACUCUGAUGACUCCGACGACGACUCUGAUGAUUCUAAUGAUUUAAAUAAAAGAAAACGCCGUCCCAACAAAUCUAACGACUCCGACGACGAUUCGGAUGAUGACUCCGACGACGACUCUGAUGAUUCUAAUGAUUUGAAUAAAAGAAAACGCCUACCCAACAAAUCUAACGACUCCGACGAUGAUUCUGAUGAUGACUCCGACGACGACUCUAAUGACCCCGACGACGACUCUGAUGAUUCUAAUGAAUUAGAUAAAAGAAAACGCCGUCCCAACAAAUCUAACGACUCCGACGAGCUUUGUUGUUUUUUCACUGUAAAAAAUAUUGAGUUCGUAAAUAUACGUAUACACCAUGGAAAAUGGAAAAUACAAACGAAACUUGAAAAAAUACAUCACAUUGGCGAAACUGAAUCUCCGAAUAUUAAAUUUAUUUCAAUUUUGUUCAUAUUUGCAAUGUUUCAAUCUAGAAAAUUGCUUAGUUUUUGUGUUCAUCUGGCAUUGUCUUCAUACAGUGACAACAACUCCGACAAUGAUUCUGAUGAUGACUCCGACGACGACUCUGAUGAUUCUAAUGAUUUGAAUAAAAGCAAACGCCGUCCCAACAAAUCUAACGACUCCGACGACGAUUCGGAUGAUGACUCCAACGACGACUCUGAUGACUCCGACGACGACUCUGAUGAUUCUAAUGAUUUAAAUAAAAGAAAACGCCGUCCCAACAAAUCUAACAACUCCGACGAUGAUUCUGAUGAUGACUCCAACGACGACUCUGAUAAAUCUAUUGAUUUCAAUAAAAGAAAACGCCGUCCCAACAAAUCUAACAACUCCGACGAUGAUUCUGAUGAUGACUCCGACGACGACUCUGAUGACUCCGACGACGACUCUGAUGAUUCUAAUGAUUUAAAUAAAAGAAAACGCCGUCCCAACAAAUCUAACGACUCCGACGACGAUUCGGAUGAUGACUCCGACGACGACUCUGAUGAUUCUAAUGAUUUGAAUAAAAGAAAACGCCUACCCAACAAAUCUAACGACUCCGACGAUGAUUCUGAUGAUGACUCCGACGACGACUCUAAUGACCCCGACGACGACUCUGAUGAUUCUAAUGAAUUAGAUAAAAGAAAACGCCGUCCCAACAAAUCUAACGACUCCGACGAUGAUUCGGAUGGUGACUCCGACGACGAAUCUGGUGAUGACACCGACGACGACUCGAAUACAGGUGAUUCUAGUGAUUCUGAUGACAGAAAACGCCGUUCCAACGACUCUAACAACUCCGAGGACGAUUCUUAUGAUGACACCGACGAGGCCUCUGAUACAAAAGAUUCUGAUAAAAACAAGGACGGCCGGCUGGCAUCACAGAACAUGGGUAGAUUUUCGCUCCUAGUUGCCGUGUGUUUGAUUGGAUGUGUGUGGAUGACCUCAGCCAGAUAUAUUCGACGGGAAGUCAAGGCAGACCAAGCGCUGGUCGAUGAUGAUCUGCUUCACAUGAUAGAAAAUUGGAGAGGCCAAUUGACUGCCGUCAGAUUGCGACGUGGGGUUGACAGUUCUUCAAGCGACACAGAGGAUGAAAAUAGUGAUUUUGAUGAAAGUAAACGCCGUUCCGAUGACUCUGAUGACUCCGAUGACGACUCUGAUGGCAAUGAUGAUUCUAAUGAUUUCAAUAAAAGAAAACGCCGUCCCAACAAAUCUAACGACUCCGACGACGAUUCGGAUGAUGACUCCGACGACGACUCUGAUGACUCCAACGACGACUCUGAUGAUUCUAUUGAUUUGAAUAAAAGAAAACGCCGUCCCAACAAAUCUAACGACUCCGACGAUAAUUCUGAUGACUCCGACGACGGCUCUGAUGAUUCUAAUGAUUUGAAUAAAAGAAAACGCCGUCCCAACAAAUCUAACAACUCCGACGAUGAUUCGGAUGAUGACUCCAAUGACGCCUCUGAUGACUCCGACGACGACUCUGAUGAUUCUAAUGAUUUCAAUAAAAGAAAACGCCGUCCCAACAAAUCUAACGACUCCGACGACGAUUCGGAUGAUGACUCUGACGACGACUCUGAUGAUUCUAUUGAUUUGAAUAAAAGAAAACGCCGUCCCAACAAAUCUAACGACUCCGACGAUGAUUCUGAUGAUGACUCCAAUGACGCCUCUGAUGAUUCUAAUGAUUUAAAUAAAAGAAAACGCCGUCCCAACAAAUCUAACAACUCCGACGAUGAUUCUGAUGAUGACUCCGACGACGACUCUGGUGAUUCUAAUGAUUUGAAUAAAAGAAAACGCCGUCCCAACAAAUCUAACAACUCCGACGAUGAUUCUGAUGAUGACUCCAAUGACGACUCUGAUUAUUCUAAUGCUUUAAAUAAAAGAAAACGCCGUCCCAACAAAUCUAACAACUCCGACAAUGAUUCUGAUGAUGACUCCGACGACGACUCUGAUGAUUCUAAUGAUUUCAAUAAAAGAAAACGCCGUCCCAACAAAUCUAACAACUCCGACAAUGAUUCUGAUGAUGACUCCGACGACGACUCUGAUGAUUCUAAUGAUUUGAAUAAAAGAAAACGCCGUCCCAACAAAUCUAACAACUCCGAUGAUGAUUCUGAUGAUGACUCCAACGACGACUCUGAUGACUCCGACGACGACUCUGAUGAUUCUAAUGAUUUAAAUAAAAGAAAACGCCGUCCCAACAAAUCUAACAACUCCGACGAUGAUUCUGAUGAUGACUCCAACGACGAAUCUGAUAAAUCUAUUGAUUUCAAUAAAAGAAAACGCCGUCCCAACAAAUCUAACAACUCCGACGAUGAUUCUGAUUAUGACUCCAACGACGACUCUGAUGACUCCGACGACGACUCUGAUGAUUCUAAUGAUUUAAAUAAAAGAAAACGCCGUCCCAACAAAUCUAACGACUCCGACGACGAUUCGGAUGAUGACUCCGACAACGACUCUGAUGAUUUUAAUGAUUUGAAUAAAACAAAACGCCGUCCCAACAAAUCUAACGACUCCGACGAUGAUUCUGAUGAUGACUCCGACGACGACUCUAAUGACUCCGACGACGACUCUGAUGAUUCUAAUGAUUUAAAUAAAAGAAAACGCCGUCCCAACAAAUCUAACGACUCCGACGAUGAUUCUGAUGAUGACUCCGACGACGAAUCUGGUGAUGACACCGACGACGACUCGAAUACAGAUGAUUCUAGUGAUUCUGAUGACAGAAAACGCCGUUCCAACGACUCUAACAACUCCGAGGACGAUUCUUAUGAUGACACCGACGAGGCCUCUGAUACAAAAGAUUCUGAUAAAUGA